UACGCAUUCAAUUGUUUAUCAACGAUCUUCUUUGUACCUUUCGGACUCUAUAAAUUAAAGAUAGAGACGAUAACAAACCAGUCUGAUUCAUCCAACUGAGUACAAGAGCGCAUCAAACAAGCGAGUCUGAAGAACGGAAAAAAGGCAGAUAGCAAAGAUGACAGAAACACUCACAAAAGAAGUUGAUAAUAUUUCUUCUCAACUUAUCUCCCUUCCUGUAAACAUGAGGCUGUUUUCGUUGAGCAUGAGGAGUCUCUUCACUGACAAAGCACUUGGGGGACAAUCAGACACGGCAAGGAAAGCCAGGGAGUUACGCGAUCAAACCCGAAAUGAUGCUGUUGCUUAUCUCAAGGGUGUGCUUCCAUUUGUUACGAGACGUGUAGCAGACAUUGGGGACUUUUUUGAAUACUAUGAGGCCUUAACCAUGGAUGAGUGGUGGGAGAGCAUUAAAGAUAUCACAGAAGAAGCAGAGGCUCACAAAGAGGCCUGCAAGGUGCUUGUCAAGAUCCACGAAGAAAUGUUAACUACACUAAAGAAGCGAAAAGAUGAAGCCGGUGUAAUUGUAAUUGAAUUGAGAGAUUUGACUGCCGAGUAUGAAAGAAAAGCUAAAGAACUCCAAGAUUCUGCAAGUACUGAAAAUGCUUGGGCAAUUGGACUUGCAUUUGUACCAUUUGUCGGUGUUAUUGCUUCCCCAAUUUUGUUUGGCUUAGUCCGAAGAGAUUUAGCAGAAGCCACUGCGAAGAAAAAGGAAACUGAAAUCCAGUACGCCGUAAGCAGGGUUGUGACUGAUGUCUUGGUUCCAGCUCUUGGAAAUUUCAUUGAUGGUCUAGAGCAUGUUGCUGGUUUCUUCGAAAUCCUCCAUCAAGAGCUGACAAGUUUUCAGCAGAAGGGAGAACGUGCUGAAGGAGCAGGAAGCCCAAAAGUGAUGCAUUACAAAACAAUGAGAUCAAAGGCCAAAGAAAUAAGUGGUGGAUGCAGGGGAUUCUUUGCCAUUUUGCCAUCAGUUCGUACUGAUUUUCAAGCCAUUCCAGACGAAGGCACAGAUCAGAAUUACGUAGACAGAUGGCUUGAAAAGGAAAUUAAAAUCAUCAAUGAAAGCUGUUCUGUCAGAUCUUUGGCAGUAAGAUUCAUCAAAGCUAUCACCGCAUCUGACAACAAGGCUGGUGAAGAGCAAGCGGUCGAAGGAAAAAGCAAGUAACAAAUUUCACUGACUGUUGAACGUUGUUUGAGCACGCUUUUUUCUUCUUGAUCUUCAACUUCCUUUAAUGAUUUUGAAAUGUUAAUUUGCUGAGAA